AUGCCCGUGCGUGACGUCAUGACUCUCGCCAUCGCACCCUCCUCUCCUCCGGCCGACGUGACUGAUGGACGCAAAAGGGAGCGCGUCGGCGACGGGCGCGCACGGGGAUCGGCCGACGAUCGGCGGCAGAUCGGCGGCGGGUCGGCGGCCUCGUCGGUCACGUACGAUGCGACAUUCGUCGGUCCACAUUCCAGCCCGACGGCUCCUCCACCCGAAGCGGAGGAGGUCGGUCUUGCCCAGGUGCCACCGCCUACGGAGGGAGGCCUCGGCGCAAGCGCACUCGUAGGUGCGACACGCCGAGGCGCCUGGUGGCACGUCGGAACAUGA